UAACCUCGAAAUGUCGGAAUAACUCCUCGACUGUGUGUUAUGUUGUGUAUUUCGGUUUUCCGACUUGAAAGUUAUCGCGGUUGUUCCCGUUCUCAUCAAUUUCCCGGUCCCAUUCAACGAACCACUCUAGCAUAAUGGCCAAGAAAAAAGAUUCCGAGAAGCACGAAGACGGCCAAAAGGGAAAAUACAACAAGGACGACAACGAUUCGAACGAUUUGGACAACGCGAUUGAUGAUAUUACGGAUGAAGAGUUGCUCGGUGAUGUACUAGCGAAAAAACCGAAAGUAUCCGACGGUGUGGACACGGUUAUCAUUGUUGACGGUGUACCUCAAGUGAAUCCUGAACGAUUUGACAAACUCAAAGUAGUAAUUACAAAAAUUUUUGCGGCUUUUGGAAAAAUUACCAGUGAUUACUACCCAAAGUCGGAAAAUGGCUUCACCAAAGGUUACAUAUUCAUUGAAUACGAAAAACACGAGAGCGCCUUAGAAGCGGUCACUCAAGUUAAUAACUAUAAGUUAGACAAGCAACAUACAUUUUUAAUAAAUCUUUUUUCUGACUAUAAAAAGUAUAAUGACAUACCGGAAAAAUGGGAAUCGCCUACUCCUCAGCCAUUCCCAGAGAGACCUAAUUUACAAUACUUCCUAUCGGAACCAGAUGCAUUUGACCAAUAUUAUGUUUACAAUAUAAAUAAUCAUAUUGAAGUAUGGCUGAAUAGUAAUCCUCAACCAACAAAAUUAGUCGAACGUGAAAAAUGGACUGAAUCUUUAAUAAUGUGGUCACCUCUCGGAACCUAUUUAGCCACUUUACACAAACAAGGUGUUGUGCUUUGGGGUGGACCAAACUUCACCAAUGUUUUGAAGCUCUCUCAUAAAAAUGUUCAAUUUAUUGAUUUUUCUCCUUGUGAACAAUAUCUUGUAGCCUACGCUCCUUUAGACAACGAUGAACAAAAGCUGACUAUUUUUGACAUUCGUACUGGUGCUGAAAAACGAUCUUUUAUUUCCCAGACUCCUGUUGGAGGCCCAGUGCCUAUCUUAAGGUGGUCUAAAGAUGAUAAGUAUUUUGCUCGUAUCGGAGAAAAUACAUUAAGUGUGUAUGAAACGCCGUCAUUUGGCUUGUUAGAUAAAAAAAGUAUCACAGUUAACGGUAUAAGAGAUUUUAGUUGGUCGCCUAGAGAUAACGUUCUCGCUUAUUGGGUAGCCGAAGAUAAGGAUGUUCCAGCUCGUGUAGUUCUACUAGAAAUACCAAGCCGCAAAGAAAUUCGAGCAAACAACUUGUUCAAUGUAGCUGAUUGUAAAAUUCACUGGCAAAAAGCUGGCGAUUACUUGUGCGUCAAAGUUGAUCGUUAUGCGAAAAUAAAGCGAGAAAAAGGAGACGUUAAAUACAGCGGUAUGUACUACAAUUUCGAAAUUUUCCACAUGAGGGAAAAAAACAUACCCGUCGAUAGUGUUGAAAUAAAAGAGCCAAUUCAUGCAUUCGCCUGGGAACCAAUUGGCUCGAAGUUCGCAAUCAUUCACGGUGAACCUAGUAAUAACAGCGUAAGCUUUUACAAUGUCAAAUCUGGUCAGGCUCCAGUGUUGUUAAAAAAAUUAGACAAACACUUCUGCAGUCACCUGUUUUGGUCGCCGGCCGGCCAAUAUAUUGUUAUUGCUGAAAUUCGAGAUUCUGGCGCCUUGGAAUUUGUAGACACUGCCGAUUUCACAACAAUGUGUUCUACAGAACAUUACAAAGCAACCGAUAUCGAAUGGGAUCCCACUGGACGAUUUGUCGCGACGGGUGUCAGCUCCUGGAAAACUAAGGGAGAUUCUGGCUACUGGAUAUGGUCAUUCCAAGGAAGAAUCUUGAACAGGUUCAACACAAACACCUACUGUCAUAUGCAGUGGAGACCGAGACCGCCUACUUUGUUAAGUGCUAAACAACAAAAAGACAUAAAGAAGAGUUUAAAGAAGUAUACAUCUCAAUUUGAAACUAAAGAUAAAUUGCGAAUGACCAAAGCCUCGAAAGAAGUAAUCGAUAAGCGUCGUAAAUUAAUGAAAGACUUUGAAGAAUAUCGUAGUAAACGUUUGGCCGACUGGGCCAAACAAAAAUCUGAAAGAAUGGCCAUCAGAAAUCAUGUCGAUACUGAUGAGCUGAACUACGACCAGAAAAAUGCCGAAGAAGAGAAGGUCGAAUUUUUGGUUAAAGAAGAAGUGACUGUAAUUGAGUAAGCGUUUUUGUAUGUUUUUGAUGUAAACGAAAAUAAUAAAUUUAUCCAAUUGUUUGUUUUUCUUUUCGUAUUUUGGAUAAUUCAAUAAAAUUAUCAAAUCAGCCAUUUUGUCUAAAACAUUAAUGCCGUUUAACAUGGCUUCAAACCUUCUACAUCUUAUAAACUUCAUUAUUAUAUUAUUCUGUAAAUUAGUCUUCAUAAUAAAUUUCAAGUACAGAAGGAAAACCCAAAAGAGUAAUUGUAUUUCUAUGAAAUAUGUAAUCACAAAUACAAAUUUAUAUAUUAGUAAUAAUUAUCUGUUUAUUUAUUUAUUUAUUAUGUAUUGCAAUUCUUAACGUUUACUUUUUUUUUAAUUAUCACAUUUGUUAAUUAUACAUUUUAUAUCAUAAGUCAUUUGCUUAUGAUCGAAGUUGGUUAAAAAUAAUUUCUGGUCUUAUUUUAUUAUAUAUUAUGUUCUACAAAAAAACAAAAAGUUAUUUUUAUUAUUAAUACAAAUUCUUUCCAAUAUUACAUUUUAAAUCGACCAACGACUUAUAAUCGAAUUGGCCUACAUCAUAUUUUUCUGAUGUCGACUUUGGUCAUGUCUUUCUAACUUGAUGUAAUACACAAAUGAGUUUUAUCACACACAACAAUAAUACAUUUUGACUGGGUUUUUUUUUUACUUGUUUGUACGAAGGAGCAAACCAAAUGUACUUACUAUUUAAAUGUAAAAUAUUAUCUAAUGUAAAUAUUUUAGUUUUUGCUAAAUAAAAUUUGCAUAUGCCGUAACAA